AACAACCUUGUGCCGGUCGCUGGGAGAGUGAAUAGGGGGAUGCUGGUGGGUUCAUUCUCCGGAGGAGAUGGCUGCGGCGUGGCUACGUGCUCCAGCAGCAAUGAGGGUGUGGGCACAGCUGACCAGGUCUAGGAACCUGCCGGGUGAAAGGAAUUGACCAGAAGAGAAGAGAAGGCAGCAGAUCCCUUUCCUGGAGGCCCAUUUUGGGCAGACAAGAGGCUGCCAUGGCUGCUGUUGACAGCUUCUACCUCUUAUACAGGGAGAUCGCCAGGUCUUGCAAUUGCUACAUGGAAGCGCUGGCCCUGGUUGGAGCCUGGUACACGGCCAGGAAAAGCAUCACUGUUGUCUGUGACUUUUACAGCCUGGUCAGGCUGCAUUUUAUCCCUCGCCUGGUCAGCCGGGCAGACCUGAUUAAGCAGUAUGGAAGAUGGGCUGUUGUGAGUGGCGCGACUGAUGGGAUUGGGAAAGCCUACGCGGAAGAGCUAGCCAGCCGGGGCCUCAACAUCAUCCUCAUCAGCCGGAACCUGGAGAAGCUGCAGACAGUGGCGCAGGACAUAGCCGACACGUACAAAGUGGAAACUGAUAUCAUCGUCGCAGACUUCAGUGCUGGCCGUGAGAUCUACCAGCCGAUUCGAGAAGCCUUGAAAGACAAAGACAUUGGCAUCUUGGUAAACAACGUGGCGGUGUUCUACCCCUACCCCCAGUAUUUCACUGAGGUCUCCGAGGACAAGCUCUGGGACAUCAUAAACGUGAACAUUGCGGCGGCCAGUCUGAUGGUCCACAUAGUGCUGCCCGGCAUGGUGGAGAGGAGGAAAGGCGCGGUGGUCACCAUCGCCUCCGGCUCCUGCUGCAAGCCGACUCCCCAGCUGGCCGCGUUUUCUGCGUCUAAGGCUUACUUGGACCACUUCAGCAGAGCACUGCAGUAUGAAUAUGCUUCUAAAGGGGUCUUUGUGCAGAGCCUGAUCCCCUUCUAUGUGGCUACCAGCGCGUCCGCCCCGAGCAGCUUUCUGCACAGGCUCCCCUGCUUGGUGCCGUCCCCGAAAGUGUACGCUCAUCACGCGGUUUCCACCCUUGGCAUUUCAAAGAGGACCACCGGGUACUGGUCCCACUCGAUUCAGUUUCUUUUUGCACAGUACAUGCCUGAGUGGCUCUGGGUGUGGGGAGCGAACAUUCUCAAUCGUUCUUUGCGUAAGGAGGCCUUAUCCUGCAGUGCAUGAAAGCUGACGAUUGGAAGUUUCGCCAGCUCCUGGGAACCCGCAGUAUUCGGACCUUGGAGAUGCACACUUCAUUUCUCUGCUGUCUUGUCUUUUGCUCCUGAUUACUUUGGUGUAUGGUGGACUUCACAUUUGCAAAGCAAACAUAAGACUUUUACUGAAGGCUGUGGACAACUCCAACGGCCACAGAAAUGGCAGAGGCAUGAGGACUGAUUGAAGAAACUUACAUGUUGCUGCUUUUCCCUCCAAACUGUUUAAAAGUUGUGUGAUUUAUGUUAUUCUAGGAACUUCAGCGAUCUGAUGCUGAAAUAUACUGAUAAUGUGAGUUAUCAGCUCUUUCAUUUCAGUAUUUUUUUUAUGGACGAUGACCUCUUUUGGUAGAUGAACUUCUAGUAUUGGUUUUCAAGUGUUCAUCAGGAAAGACAUGUACAGGUGUUACUUUGUAAGACCGCUGUGCUGGGAGUAUUAGCAGUAGAUCUGUGUGUGUUAUAUUGUGUAGCUCUUUUCGUCUCACCCAGUGUGUGGAAAUGCUGCUCUCCCACUGGCUUUUCUGUAAAGGACAGAGUGUGCACGUUUGUGGUGUGCAUCAACAGUUUUAUUUAUGGGUAAGUUACUUUUAAGAAUUUCUGCCAAGGUGGCUCAAAGUGGACCCUGAUGGGGUAUUACAGUUCUAGUUUACUCCUUUUCAUCUUAAAUAAGACUCCCCAGUUUUGUGCUAUAGGUUUGCCCUGUAUAUUACUUACUACAUUCUACUUUUCUUUUUAAGCUAUAAUGGAAGUCAUUCCUAGAUUUGAACAUGUCAUUUCUUGAUUUAUAAUUAUCGUGGCUAGUAGUGAUUUCAAACCUGUGAUCCAUUUUAUCCCUGAAAUACGGCCCUCUAGAGACCUCAUUGUGGCCGGUGUUCGUCCACUUUACCGGGUAUUAUUAUUCCAUUCCAGUAGUGUUAUUGGCGCUAACAUCAAAUGUUUAUGGUUGUUAAAAAUGUAUAAAUUAUGUGUGUGCUGUGAUCUGUUUUAUCUGUCGACGUAAGUUUGAAGCUCAUUCUUGGUUUGUAUCAUGAGAUUCUGCCUUGUGGUGGGGACUCACAACUGUCGUGCAGGUAAUUGGGUACAAUGCCCACGACGUGGUUAGCACUGAAACCAGCUAUCAGUAGUUUUUGGUUCAGGUCCUAUAAAACCAAACAGUUUUGAGGACCAAUGGCCUAGUGCUUUGGAGGUUGUAUGUCACUAUAGGAAUACUACAAUAGAUGCAAAAUAAAAUUUCACAGCUUAAUAGUGUGGCAUUGAUGCAGAAGCAAGUAAACAAAUUGAAAUCAAGACUUCUAUGGAAUUGUUUUCUCUUGGCGUGAUAGCCCAUGGUGAGUAGGCUCAAGUGUGCCUUUAUAUUACAAUUUCGCCAGUGACGUCGCCUAUGCCUUUCCAGGUGUGGCUUGGAUUCGGAAGGGCGUGGUUGUGUUCAGAAGUUCUUCCACUUCCAGCUCAGGCCUUGUCACAUAAGAGGAAGACCUUGUGGUAUGAAAGUGUACAGCACUACAUAGCCCAGACAUGAUAGUGGGGGUGGCUUAGAAGCCUUUAUUUUGUCUGAAAUAUCAUUUUAUGUUACCCAACAAUGAGUUAUAGUCAUUAAGACUAGGAAAAAUGUGACCUUUGAUGUAUAGUAAGAAGCAGCAAUUUUAUAUAAAAGUACUGUCAGAUGAUUAUUUCUGAGGUGGUGUGGUGGUACAGUAAUGGUUUGUGUUUCUAGAUUAGAUAUUGAAUUGUGACAUGAUGAGAAAAGGGAGCCACGCCAGUCAGGUAGACUUCUCUCUUGGCAGGAUGCACACUGAUGUGCUCUUUGUGCCAAGUGAAAGAUCACAACCUUUCUCCUAGCGCCCCUCUUUCACAAGAUACUUUUUGCGAGAGCUCAUUUGAGAGUCCUCCCGGGCCACUGUAGAUGCAGUGUCUUAUUAAGAAUGGGAGAAAUAGGAGGGUUUGAAGCAAUCUGUCAAUGAACAUUUAGCAGUCAAAGCAGGUGCUUCUGUUUCCUUCAGAAGGGGUGUUGCUUAAAAGGUUUUUAAGUCAGUUGUUUAUAAUGAGAGAUACAUUCCCCCCAUAGAACAUUACUAAAAAAAUUAAAAAAAAAAUCUGAACAACUGAGGUAGUUAUUUCUUAAACACUGAUAAUUCAGCUUGUACAAUCCAGGUGACUAUUAGAGUCCUUUGAAACUUACUGAGUUGAUCUCAUGGUCUCAUUCUGUUGAUAGGGUGAGUGAGAUGAGGGUUGAUUUCGAUCAUUGAUUUUGGCAAAGUGCAGAUCACUGGUAGUUUUGCCACCAACCAUUUUGUCAGUGGUGGGGAUGCAAAGUAGGUUGUGAUGGGUUCAAGAAAGGGGGAAAGAAAGGAAAUAGCAGAUAGAGACAGGCUUUUGAGGAGUGUUUGUUUUUUUUAAACCCAUUACUUAAAAUUUUGUCAUAUCUGGGAACUGGAGGGUUCAGUGGUGUCCUGUCUUGUGUGUGCCCUCUGAAAUCAAGUCCAGUAUACCUGUGUUUCUGUCUCAGUAUUGGCUCCGCUGUUACUAUUUGAAAUAGUAUUUACUUUGAAUAAAGAUUUACCUUCC